UACCAGGCGUCGUCAAGAGGUAAUCGGGCGCAUUAUUACUUCAUAAGCGAAGAACAAGCACGAUCACAGGAGCAGCGCGCGGGCAGCCUCGGCCCAGGCCAUCCCGCGACCGCCUCCAUUUCACAUGCCCCAUCGCCGAACUCUCCGGGGAAGCUCGCCGCAAUAAUAUUCCCCAACCCCGGGUCUGGCUCUAUUAAUACUUAAUACUGGUCCUCGCCCUCAGUCUGUCUGACAUUCUGGUUACAUCCACAUUCUUUGACAUUCCACCCUCCAUUCAUUGCUGAGAUCCAGUCCGAUUCUCUUCCAUCGUCAUCAUGUCUCUCAAAAACGACGCUUUCCCUUCCUCCGCCGCCUUUGAUGCCAUCAACGCCACUCUACAGGCUGAUGCGACUGAGCGCAAGGAUGCCAUCGACAAGGCUAAGGCCGUCAUCGCUUUCAACAUCAAGAACGCCCAAAACAAGGAGGAGAGCUGGUAUCUCGAUCUCAAGGAGAAGGGUGUCGUCGGCCAGGGUGCACCUCCCGGAAAGGCUGAUGUGACCCUUUCUCUUUCGGAUGCCGACUUCAGCGCCCUAGUGAGCGGCAAGGCUAAUGCUCAGCGACUCUUUAUGGGAGGCAAGCUCAAGAUUAAGGGCAAUAUCAUGAAGGCGACUAAGAUGGAGCCCGUCCUGAAGAAGGCCCAGGCCAAGGCCAAGCUAUAGAUACCCUGUUUUUGCUUUCUUUUUCGUAACUCUUCAAAUUUGAAUGAACAUUGGCACCCUGCUUCCG